UUGUACAAAUGCAUGGCAUAUUUUAGAAUUCAGUGACCUUCAAUGAUGUGCAUGUGAAAUUCAGCCAAGAAGAGUGGGCUUUGCUGGAACCCUCACAGAAACAACUCUACAAAGAUGUUAUGCUAGAGACCUGUAAAAACCUCACUGCAAUAGGCUACAAUUGGGAAGACCAUGCCCUUGAAGAACAUUUUCAAAGUUCUACAAGUAAUAAAAGGCAUGAAUACAGUCAUACUGGAGAGAAACCCUUUAAAUGCACUCUAUGUGGUAAAGCCUUCCCCUAUAUCACUGUUCUCAUACGGCAUAAAAGAACACACACAGGAGAGAAGUCUUACAAAUGUAAUCAAUGUGAUAAAGCCUUUGCAAAAAAAAAGACAUCUCAUGUGGCAUAAAAUAACACACACUGGAGAGAAACCUUAUGAAUGUAACCAGUGUGGUAAAGCCUUUGCAAAAAACAAUACUCUCAUAUGGAAUAAAAGAACACACACUGGAGAGAAACCUUAUGAAUGUAACCAGUGUGGUAAAGCCUUUGCAAAAAACAAUACUCUCAUAUGGAAUAAAAGAACAC